AAUUACACCCUGAUAUCCAAUGGCUGUCCGGAACUGUGCACCAGUCGCGAUUCACAGCAUGCCAGCGUGUGUGCUAUAUCCUCAUAUGUUUGAGGUAGCUCUCAGAUGAAGGUUUAAGUUCAGGUGAUGCACCUGGCCAAUGCUAGUAUUGCCAGAUCCAACCUCUGAAGAUCCAGCGGCUUAUUCGGCUGAAGCUGUGAAACAUGCAGCGAAUACAGCCAACGCCAAUGCUUUCGGUUCUUUAUAUCCUUAGGGGUCAUACCGUAAUGAUGACAGGAGUCAGGCGGUGCAACAGGCGAACCAAAGCCGCAGGCAUUAUAUAGAACCUCCGCAUCUGACUGCACGCAAGAAACUCUUUCCUUUCACUUUCAUAUAAUAUCUCUCCCAGAGGCGUAGGUGUGGGCCUGAAAUCCUGUUAGUCAUGUCGUCAGCUCAGGCAGAUUCUCAGGCACAAGGGCAUGCAUCGUCAGCAAGGACGCUAGCUAUCGCCAUUCCAAUUGUUGCGGGUGUAGCGCUCCUCGUUGCAGUGCCGUUCAUUCUCACUUGCUACAGAAGGCGUAAGGCUUCGCGUGCCAACGAUGCAGAGAAGGCAUCGAGGGGUCAUACGCGGAAUGUGUCUGAUACAUCACAGCCAUUGCUUGGGAAACCGUUCCGUUCAGAACGACUGUCCUCCGUCUAUGUCACGUCGGACGAUCACCUGCCUUUGCAGCAGCCACAGCCAGUUGAGAGGGCAGCUUCGCCUGUUUCCCUACCCAGUCCUCUAAACACUCAUCCAAAUCAUUUUUUUUCCGCGCCGAAACAUGACUCUCCACCUUCCCAGCCUCAAUCCAUUCCAAUGUCUACUUUGCCUCAACCACAUCAAUCACUUGAGCGCACUACCACGGUCGAUCUUCUCCGGCGACCCUCUUAUCUCACACAUCCUCGACUAGCUCCGACGCUUUCUCAGAAGUCUCAACGAGCGAAAAACCGGGGUCAGCAACCAAUGCUAGCCCGACUGGCGUCGGCGCGGUCAAAAAGGAGUUCUCACGCAGAUGAUGAAUCAACAAGUCCUUCAUCCGUGUAUUCCCAGGCCUCUGCAACGACUUCCGUGUGGCACAAUAUUGAACGACCUUGGCAUUCGGAUGAUGAAGCGCCUCCUGUUCCAUCUCUCCCAACCAUUCCCGCUUCGCCAGUUUUAGGGCAUGAUUAUCAUUCAUCGCCGGACAUGGAUGAUAAUGAGGUACUUCUGCACCCGGACAUCAAGAUGGCGUUGCCAUUGCACUAUAACACCUAUUGGACGAAGGUGUUAGGCGACGACCUCACGCCGACCUCGAAGGGGCCUACUGUUCGGUUGAAUCCCGACUCAAUCGAUAGCCACCCUCCAAGACAAGUCUCUGAUCCUCCAGCUACUUACUCCGUGCCUCAGUAUGGGAUAGUUUCCAAAGAAGGACGUACCGAGCAUUGGGAUUCCUUGACAUUGGCUUCUCGGCGAUGAGAGAUUGAGCUGAGACAAGAUUGCAUUUUUGUACGAUAACGACUUUAACGGACCUUUUACGAGUACGUGAAGACAUUCUCCAUUCUUGCACGAUUUACUUCAUAACCUCUUAAUGGACUUGCACGUUUAUUUCUUGCUCUAACUUAUCGUCAGGUAGUAUAUAGGUUCCUUGCGAAUAUAAUGCACUCCACCGACAUUCAUU